AUGAUGAAGACUUCAGAUGUUGAGCGCUUGGCCUAUUUACAUCAAGAACGACACUUAAAAAACGAUGGCUUCUGCGAAUUCAUUGAAAAUGUAGCCACGAAUCAGUACCUGUUAAGAUACACAUAUGGAAACCUUGUAAUCCGCCAGGCUACAAAUAAGUUGACGCAGCGCACACCACAAUUAGUUCUUGAAACGCUGGAAGACAAUGGAGUAUUUCACAAUGAGGAGCGCAUUUUAAUUGAGAAAUUCACUGAGCAACUGAUUGCCAACCAAAUUCAAUUCGAGACUAGAAAAAGGUCCAGAGGACGAGGUAAGAACUUCUGCUAUAAUAAAAAUUAUCAUAGCGGCGGAAAGUUCAAACUAAAAUACACUAACACUGACUUCCGAAAGCUGACAGGUUUUUGUAGGUCUGAUUUCGAUCGUGUUGUUGAGGCACUGAAGAUGCCUUCCUAUAUUGGGGCAUAUUCACUUGAUGCUUUUGAAUGCUUCUUCAUUUUCGUUGUUAGAUUGAAGAGUGGUUGCACUUAUACUGUCCUGACUAGCCUCUGUGGAAGGGAAGCUUCAACAAUUUCAAGAAUCAUAACAUUUGUGACGUGCUACCUGUUUCAUAUUGCAAGUUCAUGUCUGUCUGUUACUAACGCAUCAUGGCUUGCUGGCCGUCUUGCCAACAUCGACCAAAGCCUUUUAAGUUCAAGCAGGUCAAUCUCUAACAGUAGAAUCGUGGGAUUUAUCGAUGGCACGCACGUUAAGAUAGCCCGGCCGCACGGAAACGCGAGACUAGAAAAUGCGGCUUACAGCGGACACAAGAAAACACAUACCCUAAAGUAUCAGGCAGUAACCACCCCAGAUGGUAUAUGUAUAGACCUGGCGGGGCCUUUUGCCGGCAGCCAGCAUGAUUCCUUUCUUUUUGCAAAUAGUGGUCUGUACCGUAGACUAAAGCCAGCACUAAAGGUCGGUGGUAUUCAAUAUAGGAUAUCUGGGGACCCCGCCUACCGAAGUUCAGACUUGCUGACGGUCGGGUAUAAGGGACAGAACCUAACAAAUGGGCAAAAAGAGUACAAUAAGAUUUUAUCUGGCUCGCGCGUAUCAAUCGAGUAA